AUGACUAUCUCAGAUAAGGAAUUGUUUGAGUUAAACAAGAAGGCUGUUGAGAACGGUUUUAAGAUUGACCCUCGUGUUGAAUAUAAUACAGUCAGUGGUGUCAACGGUCCAUUGGUUAUUCUAGAACGUGUGAAGUUCCCAAGAUAUAAUGAAAUUGUCAAUCUGACACUGCCAGAUGGCUCUAUCAGACAAGGUCAAGUGCUGGAAGUUAGAGGCGAUCGUGCCAUUGUUCAAGUUUUUGAAGGUACAUCCGGUAUUGAUGUUAAGAAGACCACUGUGGAAUUCACAGGUCAAAACAUGAGAAUUCCAGUGUCUGAAGACACAUUGGGUAGAAUUUUCGAUGGUUCUGGUAGACCUACUGAUAACGGUCCAAAGGUUUUCGCUGAAGAUUAUCUUGACAUCAACGGUUCACCUAUCAACCCAUAUGCUCGUAUUUACCCAGAAGAAAUGAUUUCGACAGGUAUUUCUGCGAUUGAUACCAUGAACUCUAUUGCUCGUGGUCAAAAGAUUCCUAUUUUCUCUGCAUCUGGUCUGCCUCACAAUGAAAUUGCUGCGCAAAUUUGUAGGCAAGCUGGCCUGGUUAGACCUACAAAGGAUGUUCAUGAUGGUCAUGAAGAGAAUUUCUCCAUUGUGUUUGCUGCCAUGGGUGUUAACCUAGAAACAGCCAGAUUUUUCAAGCAAGAUUUUGAAGAGAAUGGUUCAUUGGAGAGGACGUCGUUAUUCUUGAACUUGGCCAACGAUCCAACCAUUGAGAGAAUUAUCACACCUAGACUAGCGCUAACCACCGCUGAAUACCUUGCAUACCAAACAGAGAGACACGUUUUAACGAUUCUAACAGAUAUGUCAUCGUAUGCCGAUGCAUUGAGAGAAGUUUCUGCUGCCAGAGAGGAAGUUCCAGGUAGAAGAGGUUAUCCAGGUUACAUGUACACAGAUUUAUCCACCAUAUACGAGAGAGCUGGUCGUGUUGAAGGGCGUAACGGUUCGAUUACCCAGAUUCCUAUCUUGACUAUGCCUAACGAUGAUAUCACGCAUCCAAUUCCGGAUUUGACUGGUUAUAUUACCGAGGGCCAGAUCAGUGUUGACCGUCAACUAUAUAACAAGGGUGUGUACCCACCUAUCAAUGUGUUGCCAUCGUUGAGUAGAUUAAUGAAGUCUGCCAUUGGUGAAGGUAUGACCAGAAAGGACCACGGUGAUGUCUCGAACCAGCUGUACGCCAAGUACGCCAUCGGUAGGGACGCCGCCGCCAUGAAGGCCGUCGUUGGUGAAGAGGCUCUGUCCAUCGAGGACAAGCUGUCGUUGGAGUUCCUGGAGAAGUUCGAGAAGACCUUCAUCAGCCAAGGUGCGUACGAGAACAGAACUGUGUUUGAGUCUCUAGACCAGGCGUGGUCCUUGCUACGUAUCUACCCCAAGGAGAUGCUGAACAGAAUCUCGCCUAAGAUCCUGGACGAGUUCUACGACAGAUCCAGGGAGGUCGAAGAGGCCGAGGCCGACGAGCAGGACCCAGACCAAAGAGAAGAGUCCCUGAUCUAG